CUCACAUUUACGACCUUGCCAGCAUAUCGCAUCUUUCGGGAGGUCCAGGACAAAGCGUCCCUAGAAACAUGACGGUUGAGACGCGGGGCGGCAUUCCUCGGACUGUCUCAGCGACCAGCUUCUCACCGAGUAUACUCAAGGACCGGCUGUCGCACAUCAGUGCGCAAUCUUUGCAGCCCGUGAAGGCCCUCCAUGGUACCUUGGACUUCGUACCCGCGAAGAUACCUCGUCAGCGCAGAUUGCAGACGCUAGUCGUCGCGAUCUGGUCCCUGAUGAUCCCAAUCAUGCUCUUCAUCUGGCUACUGCUAUGCUCCAUACCAGCGUUAUGGCCUGUGCUCGCUAUAUAUUACAUCUGGAAAGGAUGGAUCGAUGGCGGGCCCGAGCACGGGGGCCGUAUCAGCCCGUGGUUCCGCUCGGCGUGGUGGUGGAAAUAUUUCGCGGAAUACUAUCCAGCAUCGUUCCGAAUGGAAGCUCCCUUGCCACCAGAUAGGCCCUAUGUUUUUGGCUACCAUCCGCACGGGAUCAUCGGCAGGGGUGCUAUCGCCACGUUUGCCACCGAAGCCACCGGUUUUUCUAAAGCAUUCCCGGGCAUCGUUCCGCACCUCCUGACGCUGACGUCCAACUUCCAAAUCCCACUAUACCGUGACAUCAUGCUGGCGCUCGGGAUCUGCAGCGUAAGUAAGCAAAGCUGUAGCAACAUCUUACGGAGAGGGCCUGGCCAGGCAAUUACGAUAGUCGUCGGCGGCGCUGCAGAGAGUUUAGCCGCGCACCCCGGGACCGCGGACCUCACACUGCGGAAACGAUUAGGGUUUAUCAAGAUUGCCAUCCAGCAUGGAGCCGCAUUGGUCCCCGUCUUCUCGUUCGGCGAGAACGAUAUCUACCAGCAGAUGCCGAACGAUAAGGGCACGCUUCUAUAUACCAUCCAGAAGAAGUUCCAGAGCGUUUUUGGCUUUACGCUCCCUUUGUUCCACGGCCGCGGGAUGUUGAACUACAAUUUGGGUUUGAUGCCGUACCGGAGGCAAAUCGUGUCUGUCAUUGGACGCCCCAUAUUGUGCGACCAAUGUGAUUCACCGACCAUGGAGGAAGUUACUCGGGUCCAGCAACAAUACAUCGCGGAACUGAUGAGAAUAUGGGAAACGUAUAAAGACAUCUUCGCGCGAUCGCGGAAGCGCGAGCUAAGCAUCAUCGAUUAACCUUUUGCUUUUCUCUCGCCAUUCGCCUGCCACCAGUUUCCCGGGCCCAAGGGGUCGCCACU